GGAAUUGUAAGAUUCGCCACAAACACGCGCGCGCGCGCGCAUACCAGUCUUAUCUGUAGUUCGUAGUUCAUUUCACACGACUGUAGAUUUCAAUACCCGCGAACAUCUCCCGAGUCCUGACUGACACAUAACGUUUGCCGAAUAAUAAACUGAGAUGGCACUCUCUGGAUGUAUUUGUGUGGUGACCGGUGCUUCCAGAGGGAUUGGACGAGGUAUCGCUCUUCAGUUAUCUGAAGCUGGUGCCACUGUGUACAUCACUGGUCGACAGGAAAAGACUCUGAAGCAGACAGCGGCCGAGGUGACGCAGCGAGGUGGCCAGUGUCUGCCAGUAGUGUGUGAUUCAUCUCAAGAGGAUGACAUCAAGGAGCUGUUUGAACGUGUCCAGCGUGAGCAGAAUGGCAGACUUGACGUCUUGGUGAAUAAUGCUUAUGCUGGUGUACAGGCUAUUUUCGAAAACAUGGGAAAUAAGUUCUGGGAGGUGGAUCCCGGUAUUUGGGACACCAUCAACAAUACGGGUCUCAGGGGUCACUAUUUCUGCUCGGUGUAUGCCGCCAGGAUGAUGGUGGCUCAAGGCAGCGGUUUGAUUGUGUUCAUAUCGUCCAUGGGUGGUCUGCGCUAUCUCUUUAACGUAGCCUAUGGGGUCGGCAAGGCCGCAUGUGACAGAAUGGCAGCAGAUACAGCAAUAGAGCUGAAAAAGAGAGGUGUGGCUUCCAUUAGCCUUUGGCCAGGAGCCGUUCAGACGGAGUUAGUUUCGCAGUUUGUGUCUGAGGGUGAGACACCUCCAGGGAUGGACCCCAAAGUAAGCCAUUUCAAGGAGGUUUUCGCUAAUGGCGAGACCACAGAGCUUAGUGGCAGAUGCAUAGUUGAGCUCGCCAAAGAUAAGAAUCUCAUGUCAAUGACUGGGAAAGUGUUGAUGACCUGUGAUCUGACUCGGCGCUAUGGAUUAAAGGACGUUGACGGCCGCAGUGUAGUGGACUACACCUCUCUGAAGUUCUUCAUUUCUCAAAUACCCUAUGUGUCCUGGCUAUCCAUAAUCACGCCUUCAUUCAUCAGAGUGCCUCGCUUCGUGUUGAAUCUUGCUAAUGGCAAAUUCUGACAUGCGUCAGCGCAGAGACAGGAUGAUGGCGCCUACGGCCAACGGAAGAUUUUUACACGAGAUUGUUUUCCAUCCUUAAAGCAAUGUCUUUACUCAGUCAACACACAAUUAACAAUUGACAUUCCGGGUUAUUUUCUGGUUACCUUAUUGUGCACGUGAGCAUGUAAUUUCAAAGGAAAAAAUAGUUUUGCCCAUAUCACCAAGUCCAUCUGUCAUACAGAGGCAACUUCUUAAUCUUAAAAUAUUAUCACGCAUUACGUUGCAGUUAGAAAAAAAUCUAGAAAACUGUUUGUGUACGUUAUUCACGUUUAACACGCGUACUGUUGUUGAGAACACUUUUUAUGUACUACUUUGUCAAGUUUUACAAACAGAAAACGUAUUUUAAAACACAUUUUAGUUCAAUUCAAAGGAAAGAAAUAAAGAGUAUUGUGUAUGCACGUAUAAUAAAAAUCUGAAUAAAUACAAACGUUUAUGC